AUGGAUGGGCCCGUCGACAAAGGGCGGCAGCAUCAGCUCGUUGGUAUCACCGUUGCUUGCGUUAGUCUUGGAACAAUCAUUAUUAUUGCUCGAGUCUGUACAAGGCUUUUCAUUGUCCGUAGUUUGGGAAAGGAUGACUGGGCCAUGGUACUAGGCUGGGCGGCUACGGUGGGCUACAUGUGCCAGAUACUUCUAUUGGCACGAUGGGGAAUUGGUUUACCUGCCACUGAAAACUCCAUGGAGGAUAUGGUCCGUAUGAUGAAGGUCACUCUCGCUAUCCAGGCCACCUAUUAUUUCGCUGUUGCCUUCAUCAAAAUCUCGAUCGUGCUUUUCUACCUACGUUUAGUGGAGGCCCAGACCGUGGUCCGAAGGUUAUGCCAUGGGACUAUUGCGCUUCUCGCAGUGUUUUUGGGUAUCUGUUUAACGGGCACCCUCGCGCAGUGCGUACCGAUGGAGAAGCAGUGGGAUUUCAUCGGUGCAGUUCCUGGAAAAUGCAUCAAUACAACCGCGUUCUUCUACUCUACAUCAGCAUUCAAUAUCAUCACAGACAUUUGGAUUAUCUGUCUACCCAUCCGAGUCCUCUCCAAGAUCCACCGGCCGCAACGCGAGAAGAUCAUACUCUUCGUUGUGUUCGGAAUGGGUGUUCUUGCUUGUGUUGCUAGUAUAGUACGGUUGUACAGCAUUCGAGUGUUUACUCUGUCACAGGAUCCUUUCUAUGAUGGUGGUCCCGUCAAUAUCUGGUCAAUGGUUGAAAUAAACGUGGCCAUUGUGUGCGCAUCGGUCCCAGGUACCAUUCCCCUUGCCUCUGCCGAUCUAUCAACCCCUCACGAAACGUUUCCGACCACUGGAAGCCCAACUGACCUUUUCGCACAGCACUAA